UGCAACUUCGCCAUACUUGUAUAGUUAACAUGGCUGAAAUAUAUGGGUUACGAGUAGGUGAAAAGCAAGAAAAUACGAAUUUCUCCACAACAGAACGAACCAAAGCCGUUAUAUGCCACAUUCGGACGAGGUCGGCCAUUAUUUUCAUCCCUUCAGAAGGUUCAGCCGAGGAAGUAAUCACACAAAGAAGUCAUGCUCCACCAGUUUACUUGCCAUUUCAUGUUGAAACUUUAGAGGACUUUUCAGUUUCGGGGAUUAAUUUCAUGAUCAACUCUGCUAUUUUUUUUUCAUCAUACUACUGUCUUGUUCGUUUCACUGUUCAAAUGACUACGAAGCGUAGAGAGAUGGCAAGUUCGGGACAAAUUUUGCUAAUGCUGGAGACAAGCAAAACUGGCUGGUUAGACAGGCAAUUCGUGAAACCGGAAAUUUUAGCCUGUUUCAUACUCACCACGCACACAAGAAAUAUGACGAUGAAACGGACUAGAGACACGAGAGGUACUAAAAGUUAGAAUCACCUGAAACCAUCUGAAACCAUCGAUGAAACCACCUGAAACCACCGAUGAAACCACCUGAAACCAUCUGAAACCCCCAAGGAAACCAUCUGAAAUUACCUGAAAAUAUCUCGAAACAAUACGUCUGCAUCUGAGGGUGUAUACAACGGCCAAUCCUAGCAACAAUGUCAAGAUUUACUACGUACCAAACUAUAUCGGAAAGACUACUGCAAGUUAAGCAGCUUGAUGUGUCUUCCGAUCGACUGCAGAUACACCGUUGGAAUACUGGAUUUAAGGAAAGAAAACUAGGCCCCCAGUUAUUCAAGUAUGCCAGGUUACAUAUUAUCAAGUUCAGAAAAGGAGAGACUUGGAUCAAAGUACAUGUGUAGCUCCUGUGAUUUGCUGUUGAGGGAUGCUAUGCAAAGUAAAUGUGGGCAUUUUUAUUGUAGUUCAUGCCUUGCCAGUUUAUUCCGAAAUGGGUCAGUCGUAAUGACUUGUGUAUUAGAUCAGACAGAUUUUCUUCCAAAUGAGGUGUUUGCUGAUAACUUUAUGAGACGUGAGGUACAAGCCUUUGUUGUUCACUGUACAUUUGAGGAGGAUGGCUGUAAUUGGAAAGGUGAAGUGAGACACCUAGAGAGCCAUAUGAGUACCUGUGAUUUCCUAAGAAUCCCUUGUGUACAUCCUGAGUGUGGCGCACAAGUACAGAAAUCAGAUUUUACUCAACAUUUGGAAAGUGAAUGCAAGUGCAGAUUGGAAACUUGCAGCUUCUGCAAGAAACAAAUCAAUCUUAACAAGAUGAAGCAUCAUCAAGAGACAGAUUGCCCAGUAUAUCCAGUUGUAUGUUCAAAAUGCGGCAAGAAUGACAUUCCAAGAGCAAAGUUAUUACAGCAUCAAGAUCCAAUAAUGGGAGACUGUGAUAGUGUUCAGGGACCGUGCCCAUUUUUACAGAUUGGCUGCUCUACAACUGAGGUCCUCACCCAAACACAAAAGAAAGAGCACCUAAAGGAACAUAAUGCACUCCACACCAAUCUACUUUUACGUUAUGCCCUUCGAACCAGCAAAGAAGUGGAGGCACUUUUAGUACGAGAUCCUGGCAUAAUGUCUAGAAAUCCGCAAAUCGUUUCAAAUUACGACAGUGUAAUUGCUGAUAUUCUCGUUCAAGUUCAAACUCAGGCCGGUGGAACUAGUAAUCUACGCGGAAAAGUUCAAGAGCACGGCGAGAGAAUCACCGCCUUGGAGAGAAAAGUAGCUUCAGGAAAUCUGUACGGUGCUGCUUCCUCCUUCCAAACACCUGAUGAGUCCAGUGGCGGUACACAAAACCCUGAAAUUACACGAAGAGUUACCAACGUUGAAAACCGAAUCGCCGAUCAUGAAGUUCUUCUGGUAGAGAACAAUCGCACAGUGGAGGAAGUUAGACGUGAUUUGGGUACUAUGAAACGACAACUCGACACAACCCAGGAGAGCUCCAGAAGGCAUGACCGAAGACUCGAAUCUAUUGAGCACACACUGGCUCUUAGAAAUGUGACUCUGGCUGAUUUGGAGGAAUAUGUAAGACAGCAAGAAUUCUCAAGCUACGAUGGCCAGCUGUUGUGGAAGAUUUCUGAUUAUGCUCGCAAACGAAAUGACGCAGUGACAGGUCAGCAAGUCUCCUUCUACAGCCCUUGUUUCUUCACCAGUCGCUAUGGCUACAAAAUGUGCGCCCGCAUCUAUUUGAACGGCGAUGGAAUGGGCAGAGGAACGCACAUCUCGAUCUUCUUUGUGGUCAUGCGUGGGCAGUAUGACGCACUGCUCCGCUGGCCAUUCAGACAAAAGGUCACUUUCAUGUUGCUGGAUCAGGAUAACGUAGAACACGUAAUUGACGCCUUUAGACCUGACCCGAACAGCUCAUCCUUCCAGAGGCCAAGAAGAGAAACAAACAUCGCCAGUGGAUGCCCUAUGUUCUGUUCGCUUGCUGAGUUGAAUAAUCAUGCAUAUGUUAGGGACGACGCUAUGUUUCUGAAAGUAAUUGUGGAUACGUCUGAUCUGUGAAGGGAACCUUGAGUAAUGGUGUGUUAUUUGUUUUGAAAUUACCUUCAUUUUAAAUUUACUUUUUCCAUUGCUCUGACGUGGCUUGUAUCGGUGCAUAGGUGAUACAUGGCAGGUGUUGUCGUUUGUUUUGUACCUGAAAUGAUCUUGUAAUUUUUUUCGUUUGGCAGGACAAUUUGUAUUUUGAUUUAUUUUCGGAUCUCAGUGUGAUGCAAAGGAAAGUCUUUUUCCCCUUAUUACCCUAAUGACAGUUGAAGCUGUCAGCUUGCUCUCUGUCAAGUCGGCAACAGAAUACACUUUUACCCUCUCUCACGAUCGAUGUUCACCAUUCAGAGCUUUGGUAAAUAGUAUUAUUUUGUCUCUGACUGAAUUAGAUGUAAUUUCAUUAUUUAUGGAUUUAUAAUUUAUCUUUAAAUUGCUAUGCGAUUGAUUUAGGUGCAAUGUUUUUUUUUUUUAAAACAGGUAACUCGGUAGCUAAUUGCUCUAGCGAAUGAAAUACAGUGCCAAGAAGUUAACGUAAUGUAGAGUGAUAUCAGCCGGAGUUGACGAUCCAACUAUUUUUCUUACGUUUGGUUGAUUUGAAGUGCAGUUUUGAGGUUACGAUUGAAAACCGCAAGAAUUGUUUGCGCAACUCUUACUUAGUGAUCUGUUCCGAUAAGCUAACAUUUACCCACUUAUUAAUUAGUUGGGGGUACACGUGAAAUAAGGCUAAAUUGAUAACCUUAAGCAUGUGUUUCGAAUGAUGAUCAAUGAUUUUGAAUCAACGAAGAUAAAAUGAGUAAUUAUCGUCGGUAAACAUACUUUUGAUUUUGAAGAAACGAAUGCUUACAGUGUAGGCGAGCUUCUCUUUUGUUUUUAUGUUGUGGAAUGCCUUUCCUUGGUGCGUCGAGAAAUUAGACUUUAGUUGGACUCCGGCGCCAUCGAGAGACUCUUCAAAAUUUUUGUGGAGAGAGUUGUGCCAUUGUUGGAAGUAGGUUUUGAAACAUCUAACAGGUACGAAGUCACGUCUGCAGGGUUCUCCGUGAACGAUCAUAGUGCAUCCGAAUCUCCUUUAAGACUAUCUUUAACUUCAGCCUCGCUACGAGAGCUGACUGAUAUGGUGAUGUCAGUCACAAGAAAAAUUUUGGAUAUCUUUCGAAACUGAGUGGUUUCUUGAGAUGGUCAAUCAGAGAAUUUCGACUGUGCUUCAUCGUCUUUUUUUGGUGUCUUUUGCGCUGACCUCCCCGCGGUAGACACUGGAAACGCUUUUUGUUUGUUAAGUGAGGUUCUCUUUGUGAGUUCUUUAUACGCCCAUAGCUAAAGCAAUUAAUAAACUGGGAGUAACUGGCAGUGAUAAAUCGUCUGCUGGAUCACUAAAGUAGGGGAAAAACUGUGGACAGUCUUUCCUAGCUACAGGGAAGAACUUUUCGACUUGAAACCGACUUGAAGAUAGUUUUCCUCGUGUGAUCGAAGUAUUUGAGAUAGAAAAAAAAAUUGUUUUUAGCUUAGUUGGGUAAAUAGAGCUCAAGGGGCCGGCUGGGUUUCUUUUUCUGCAAGGUGUCAUCUGGAAUUAAGCGGCUAACAGCGCAUAUUUCGGGAGCAGUGUAUGCGUGGGUUGUCGAGGGUUUCACCAAGUUGAACUCGAAGUUAUGCUAUUCCACAACAUAAAACUGAAUGAGGCAACCUACUCUCAGAGCUUAUCCUUUUUUUUUUCGAGUUCUUGAAGGGAUUAUUUAUUAUCCGAGCACGCAAAUGGACUCAAAUAUUUUUGUGAAAGUACCCUAACUGACAUAUCUUUUACUUAGAGCAGUUUAAAAUUUAAGUCAGUAAUUGUAUAGAUUAACACACCAAGUCAAACUAGCUUAUUUUACUGGAUUAUUUUCGUUAGUGAAGCGCUGUCGCUUUAUUUUCCUUCCCCAGUUUAAGGAAUAAUUGUGACUUUCCUUUGUUACUUAUAAGCAUUGCAUCAAUUUUCUUGUCAAGAAGGCCAAUAAAACAGGAAAUUAUCCUA